AUGGCAGGCGGCCAGCUUCGCGAGGUGGCGGAGAAGUACGUCUCCACUGGGGUAUCCACGGCAGAAGCAGUUGUUUCGCCACGCUUCAAUCCUUCCAUUGCCUUCAUCAGGGCAGUCCAAAAGCGGAACGACAGCGCCGGCAGGCAUCAGCAGGACGGCGUCAGUGGGACCAUCAGCACCCUGCAUCUCUAUGGAGACGCCGUGCUGUACGAGUAUCAACAGCAGAUAACAGCGCCGGCGCGAGGACUGCAGCAGCCGGAGCGGGGGCCGGCAGCGAUGGGGGUGUCACGGGUAGGGGCGGGAGCUACAACAGUUUCGGCGGCGGCCGCAGCAGCCUCGAUGGCUGGGGUGGCGGCGGCAGGGCCGAGCGACACGGCAUCAACAGUGGCGGCGGCGGCGGGACUGAGAGCUACAGCAGGGGCGGUGGUGCCUACGUUAGCCUCGGGUGCUGGAGUGGUGGUGGCGGGGCCGGGUAACGCGGCAGCGGCGGCGGCGGUGGGGGGCCGGAGUGCUAUGCCAGCAGCAGCAGCGGCGGCGACGGCAGGGGUGACUGCAGCAGCCGGAGCGGGGGCCGGCAGCGAUGGGGGUGUCACGGGUAGGGGCGGGAGCUACAACAGUUUCGGCGGCGGCCGCAGCAGCCUCGAUGGCUGGGGUGGCGGCGGCAGGGCCGAGCGACACGGCAUCAACAGUGGCGGCGGCGGCGGGACUGAGAGCUACAGCAGGGGCGGUGGUGCCUACGUUAGCCUCGGGUGCUGGAGUGGUGGUGGCGGGGCCGGGUAA